AUGAAAAUCUCAAUCCACAAUCUCACAACCCGGCUGAUGGAGAGCUGGUGGAAGGUGAAGAAUGAUGUAAUGAAGCUGUUAAUCAACAAAUGUUUAGUGAGUGAUGGGGAGCUUCCUAAAUAUUAUAGAAUUUCACCGGUCAUAGAAACUCAUCUAAAUGAUGUUUCAGAUAUGAAAAUAAAACAUAACCUCAGAAAAAAAUAUGCACAUUCAACCCCUUGUGACAAAUUAUCAAAAAAAUAUGCCGAUAUCGGUAAGAAUGAUGCCAGCGAAUUCAGGAUAACUUUUUUCAGCGUAAGCUCGGAAUUUUUGGAAGCUAUGAGUCAAGGCAUAAAAAGACAGAAAAUUGAUGAAUUUGUUGAAAAAUCAAUUAUCGGAAAUGAAAAAAUAAUAGAUAAUUCAUAUCAGUUCGUCAAUGAGUCCGUAACCGAUUCCUCGGUAAUUAUUUCUGACAACUCGGCAAAAUCUGAUAAUCCUGGUGUUACGGAUUCAUCGAUUUCAAUUGAUAGUAAUGCCAAAUUACCCAGCAAACCUUCAAUAAAACGUAGAGAACUCCCAAAGGGAAUCAAAAAUGUUGAUGCCUCGGAACACCACGAAGUUGAAAGAACAGACUAUUCUAAAUGUAUAUAUCUAGAAGGGAAAUUCUUUAUAAAAGAGCGCCAGUGGAAAAACUUGACAAUGGCAGGUGGAAACUUAUCCAAUGAAAGAAACAACUACCGGAAAUGUAGAAAUUUCAAAUUCGAAAUUUCUGAUGACUCGCAUCAUGCCAAGAUUGUAGAAGUAUAUUCAACAUCUCGCGAUUAUUGUCACCCUCAUAAAAUAAGUGGUCAAGUUAGAGGAGUGGAGAGGGAUUUAACAAAAAAUGUAUUGAGAAAAAUAAAACCUGCAGAAUAUAGGAAGAAAACUAUUCUGAGAGCUGACAGAAAUGCAAUCAAAAGAGGUCAACUACAGGAUGUGAAAUCAGAAGACGUAGUAAGAAAGAUUCGCAGUGAAGCAAUGAAUAAUCUCAAACAACAUGAAGAUGAUAUGGUUGAUAUGUAUCUGUACAAAAAAUACCACAAUAAUUUUAUACAGCAGCUCUGUUCUUCAUUGAAUGUUAAAAUGUUCAGUUUGGAGCAGUUAGAAAUUGCAAAAACUUCUUCGACUCCAAUUUGGACUUUGAUGCUACAGGUGCUGUGGCACUUAAUGGUAUCCAUAUCCACACAAGUCGAAGAGAAUGACAUUUCUCAGGAAGUCAACGACAAAGAACUUGCCGUAGUGAUAAGAGGGAAACUGAGGGAGACAACAAAUGAAGAAGAUCUAUGGAAACUAGCAGAGGAAUACUGGCCAGAUGAAGCUUACCAGAUGACAAACACGGAAGCUGGGAACUUGUUACAUAUAGAUGGAGAUGUAGCAGUGUUUACCAAAGACGAGAAGAUGGAAGCAGGGAUACCCAGGAAGUUCAGAGAGAAGUUUCCAUAA